AUUCUGCCUUCAUAUUUGGCCUUGACUUGCCUGAGUCCUGAUCAAACUCUGUGAGCUGGUCCCUGCACCUGGUAUUAGAUCAGUUCAUAGAAAGUGGGAGCAAUGGCUGUGACACUGUUGGAGGAUUGGUGCAAGGGGAUGGACCUGGACCCCAGGAAGGCCCUGCUGAUUGUGGGGAUCCCCGUGGAGUGCAGUGAGGCUGAAAUUAAAGAGACCGUGAAGGCAGGCUUACAUCCCCUGUGCACCUACAGGGUGCUGGGCAGAAUGUUCAGAAGGGAAGAUAAUGCUAAGGCAGUUUUCAUUGAGUUGGCUGAUACUGUCAAUUAUGCUAUGAUUCCCAGAGAGAUACCAGGAAAGGGAGGUGCCUGGGAAGUGGUUGUGAAACCCCGCAGCUCAGAUGAUGAGUUUAUGAAUAGACUCAACUACUUCCUGAAAGACGAGGGCCGGAGAAUGGUAGAUGUGGCCAAGACCCUGGGAUAUAGCACUCCCACUGAGGGCAUGGAGCCAGAGGCCUCGGAUCAGGUCAGGUCACCAGCCUUGCAGCCUCUGAAAGAAAAUGUGUGGUACCGAAAACUCAGAGUGUUUUCGGGAAGCACUUUCCCAGGCCCAGACGAAGACAGCUUUGAAGGCUGGCUGGAGCACGUCACUGAGUUGAUGCAACUCUGGCAGGUGUCAGAGGUCGAGAAGAGGCGCCGUCUGCUGGAGAGCCUUCGCGGCUCUGCCCUAUCUGUCGUGCGGGUGCUCCGGGCCAAUGAUGAAUCUAUGACCGUGGAGCAGUGUCUGGACGCCCUGAAGCAAAUUUUUGGGACUAAAGAGGACUGCAGAACCUCACAAUUUAAGUUCCUCCAGACCUUCCAGAAAUCGGGAGAGAAAAUCUCUAGUUUUUUGCUACGGUUAGAGCCCCUGCUGCAGAAAGCCGUGCAAAAUAGCCCCUUGUCCGUGAGAAGCACAGACAUGAUUCGCCUGAAACACAUCCUGGCUCGGUCCUGCAUGAGCACCAGCCUCCGGGCCAAGUUAGAGCUCCUGGAUCAGCGAGGUCGUGCUCCCACUUUCCUCGAGUUAAUGCAGGUCAUUCGAGAUGAAGAGGAGUGGGAGGCCACCAUGGGCCUGACGAAGGAGAGGCAAGUGGGGAGGGGCCGCAGGGCCUCCGGCAGGCCGGUGCUGGUGGAAGCCAGUGUCCCAAUGCCUCAGGUCGUGGUGCAGACGGGGCCCUUUAACGAGAGCAGCACUCAGACCAUCCAGGAAGGGAUUAGCCUGUCCCUGAAGCGCAGGCGCAUGUCAUGCUGCUACGGUAGUGGGGAGGGAGGCCACAGCCAGGCAGCAUGUCCUAGCGUGGAGAACCAAGCUCCAGCAAACAGAAGCCUCAGUUUGCAGCAGCAGAGUCGGGAAACGAGAUGGGGGCUGGGGCAAUGAGCCACCCCGAGCCCUAGGAAGCGUAGGCUCAGUACUCCAGGCACCCCUUCCCCUAGCAGGCAACUAAAAUAUUUUAAUGAGAUGAAGGAGCAGCCCACACCAAGAGCGGGGGACUUGAGGGGGAGAGAGUGGCAGGGCAGCCAGGCCCAGGCCGAGCCCCCUUGUCUUCUGCCAGCUCAGAGGGGCUCUACCAACCAAGCCCCAUGCAGCCCAGUGAGGGCCAGUCAGCACAGGGCCUGGGAGAGGCACUGGCAAUGCAAGCAGGGGGCCAGCACACUCGGCAGGUGGGGUGGCCAAGCCUCGGAGAGAGACCCCAAGGCAGAAGAGGCUGAAGAAGGUGUGGUGGGGGGCUCCGGCAUGGACCCUGGCAUCUGGCCACUCCUUAAUGCCCAGAGGGUAGGCUCUGAGCUGAUGAAGCUGAUGGGCCCCCAGGCCAUGUGGGGCCCAGGGGAGCCUCCCCCGGGGCCAGCCCUUCUGGAAGGAGCCAGCGCUGGUGAGGAAGAGCUGUGGGGCGGAGAAGAGAUGCCCCGGAGGGGAGCCCGCAGGGUCCAGCCCGUCUUCAGGAUCAUCUACACCGCUCUAGGGGAGCCCCAGGAAGGCAGCACCCUGGAGCCUCUGCGCAAGUGAGGGGAGGAGACCCAGAGGCCCUGGGAGCCCAGCACCAGCCUACAGGCAGCCUCCUCCCCCUUAAGCUGGAAGGGCUGUGGGGACAAGGUCAGCAAAGUCUGUGCGGAGAAGGUCUCCGUGUCAGAGGCUCAGCUUGAGAGGCAGGGUGCAGGGUACCCUAGUGGGCACAGCUGCUUUGGUGCGAGUGGGUGUGCAAGCGCAAGGAAACUUUAGUUCCCAAGCAGGAG